AUGCACGCUAUGAACGGAGACGGCUGCGCAUGGGCAGAGCUUCCCUCGCAAAACACAGGAGAGCAAGGGAAAAGCCCCCAGGGGCGUGCUAUAAGAGAGAAAUACGUUUUUUCUCUCAUAUCUGCUGGCGUGGAGGGGCACGCCGUAUUCGGGGAUGUCUUUCAGGUAUACGCUGAAAUAGUUGAGCCGUGCACGCGGAUAAGCAGGCAGCUUUGGGGCAGUCCAGGCGAGCAGGGAAAAAAGAGCACGAUCAAGCAGCUUGACCAAGCCAUGCGGGAGUGCAUGGACAAGGGCGUGCCGCUGGAAGAAGCAAAACGAAGAAUUCUUCUGCAGAUGCCGAAGGCAUACCAGAAAGCGCUCAAAGACUUUUCUCUCCCUCAGGCGGCGGCCUACAUCAUCACGGAAGAAGUCCUGAAGUCAAAACACGAUGAGUGCCGAGCCAAGCUGUCACGGGUGAAGCAGGAAAACUUCCCAGGCAUAGCAGAAUACGCAAAAAGAUGCGCAGAGCUGAUAUCCCCGCUGGAAAUAGCAUCGGUCAUAUACAGCACCCCACCAGCCACACUGGAGGAGGUAGAGGCGUUUAGCAGAGAGUUUUUCUACAACGGGCUGCUCUCUGAAAACAAGAAAAUGCUCUCCUGCAUGCGGCAGCAAAAAGGCCCCCUCCAAGAAAUGUACUCUACGCUGAAGAGCCACGAAGCGCUUUUACGCGAGAAGGCCCGGAAUGAAAGAGAAGCUGCGGCGAAAAAAGUGUAUGCAGAAAUAGAGAGGCAGACGGUAUACCUGCAGAAAGCACAAAGAGGCAAGACGUGCAUACUGCAUCCUACCGGAACCCACACAGAGUCCGAGUGCAAGCUCAAGAAGAUGGUCAAAAAAAGCAAGAAAAAGUAA